UUGGAUCUAUUAUCAAAGAUGGCGCCAACACGAGCGAACUUUUUCAUUCCAUCUCCGAGAAUAUUUCUCUGUGCGACUUUCAUUAUGUUAAGUGGAACAGUGACAGCAGAACGCCAAUGCUACUGGUGCGGCCCUCUAGCGGAACAAGUGCAUCGAAGUCGCCGAGCUCCAUCUUGCGAUACUCCAACAAAACAUGUCACAACUUGCGAACCCGGACUUACACACUGCGCUGUGAUUGCGACAUCUCCUCCACAUAUUGAGUCGAGAUUCUGCGUGAAACUAUAUCAAGAUGAAUGCUACCCUCUUUUCUGCAAUUCGACAAAAACGUGGAAAAUGACAUGCCCUUGUCGCGGUGAUCUAUGCAAUGGCAACAACACGGAACGUGAGAAUGAAGCAUUUGCUGUUCUAUCAAAACUUGUUGCAAAAACCUUAAAUAUUCGUAUCAAAAAAAGGUCCAGUUCUUCAAACUUUACUUUAUCAACUCGAGAACACACAAUUGUAAUAACUAAUGAAACAGACAUGGAAGUAAAUGUAACUGAUAAUAAUGAUCAAAUCAAUGAUUUUGAUCAAAUGAUUGUUGUUACAGGAAUCACACAAGAAGAUUCUUUUAAAGCAAAUAAUACAGUUAAUAUGACCCCUGCUCAAAGUCUUGAUGAAGAUGACAUUUCUGAUAAUUCAAUAAAUGAUAUCAGUACUACAAAAAGCAGCAAAGAAAAUAAUACAAGUGAACUUGUCAUAACUGUAGAACCUAAUAUAGGAAAUUUAUCCACUAAGAAUGUUGAAACUAUAGCACCAAUUGCUACGAUGGCGACAAAAACUGAAUUAGUAAAGGAAUCUUUGGCGCACAAUUUUAUUAUAAAACCAAGUGAGCAGUUACCAACAGCAGAAGCACUGCAGCAAAAUGUUAGUCCAUCUGUGAAAAGUUUAAAAACUACAGAAUCCUUAAAAACUGAUUUAAGUACACUCGUAAUCGAAGAAAGCACUACAGCAAAGCCUACCAAAGCCGGCGAAAAUUAUGCUGGACAGUUAUCAGCAAAUAUUUUUACGCUUUUAAUUUUUAUCUUGACCAUUUCACCCUUAUAUUGA